ACCUGUCCCGGACGCAGCAUAACUAACGAAGCUGCUGCAGGAUGAGAAGAUGGCAGCGCGGCUGCUCGCACCACCAGGCCCUGAUAGUUUCAAGCCUUUCACCCCUGAGUCACUGGCAAACAUCGAGAGGCGCAUUGCCGAGAGCAAGCUCAAGAAACCACCAAAGGCCGAAGGCAGUCAUCGGGAAGACGAUGAGGACAGCAAGCCCAAGCCGAACAGUGACCUGGAAGCGGGGAAGAGUUUGCCUUUCAUCUAUGGGGACAUCCCGCAAGGCCUGGUUGCAGUUCCCCUGGAGGACUUUGACCCAUACUAUUUGACGCAGAAAACCUUUGUAGUAUUAAACAGAGGGAAAACUCUCUUCAGAUUCAGUGCCACGCCUGCCUUGUACAUUUUAAGUCCUUUUAACCUGAUAAGAAGAAUAGCUAUUAAAAUUUUGAUACAUUCAGUAUUUAGCAUGAUCAUUAUGUGCACUAUUUUGACCAACUGUGUAUUCAUGACUUUUAGUAACCCUCCUGAAUGGUCGAAGAAUGUGGAGUACACAUUCACAGGGAUUUAUACAUUUGAAUCACUAGUGAAAAUCAUUGCAAGAGGUUUCUGCAUAGAUGGCUUUACCUUUUUACGGGAUCCAUGGAACUGGUUAGAUUUCAGCGUCAUCAUGAUGGCAUAUGUGACAGAGUUUGUGGACCUGGGCAAUGUCUCAGCGCUGAGAACAUUCAGGGUUCUGCGAGCUUUGAAAACUAUCUCUGUAAUUCCAGGCCUGAAGACCAUUGUGGGUGCCCUAAUCCAGUCAGUGAAGAAGCUGUCAGACGUGAUGAUUCUGACAGUGUUCUGCCUGAGUGUUUUUGCCUUGAUUGGACUGCAGCUUUUCAUGGGAAAUCUGCGAAACAAGUGUGUUGUGUGGCCCAUAAACUUCAAUGAGAGCUAUCUGGAAAAUGGCACCAGAGGCUUUGAUUGGGAAGAGUAUAUCAAUAAUAAAACAAAUUUUUACACGGUUCCUGGCAUGCUGGAACCUUUACUCUGUGGGAACAGUUCUGAUGCUGGACAAUGCCCAGAGGGGUACCAGUGUAUGAAAGCAGGAAGGAACCCCAACUACGGUUACACAAGCUUUGACACGUUCAGCUGGGCCUUCUUGGCAUUAUUUCGCCUUAUGACCCAGGACUACUGGGAAAAUUUGUAUCAGCUGACCCUGCGAGCUGCUGGGAAAACGUACAUGAUCUUCUUCGUCUUGGUCAUCUUUGUGGGUUCUUUCUAUCUGGUGAACUUGAUCUUGGCUGUGGUGGCCAUGGCUUAUGAAGAACAGAAUCAGGCAACCCUGGAGGAGGCAGAGCAAAAAGAGGCUGAAUUCAAAGCAAUGUUGGAGCAACUGAAAAAGCAACAGGAAGAGGCACAGGCGGCAGCGAUGGCCACCUCCGCCGGCACGGUCUCAGAAGAUGCCAUAGAGGAAGAAGGUGAAGAAGGGGUAGGCUCUCCUCGGAGCUCCUCUGAAGUAUCCAAACUCAGCUCCAAGAGCGCCAAAGAAAGACGUAACAGGAGAAAGAAGAGGAAGCAGAAGGAGCUCUCUGAAGGAGAGGAAAAAGGGGAUCCUGAAAAGGUCUUUAAGUCAGAGUCGGAAGACGGGAUGAGGAGGAAGGGCUUUCGGCUGCCAGACAACAGAAUAGGAAGGAAGUUUUCCAUCAUGAAUCAGUCACUGCUCAGCAUCCCGGGCUCGCCGUUCCUCUCCCGCCACAACAGCAAAAGCAGCAUCUUCAGCUUCCGAGGGCCCGGGCGGUUCCGCGACCCGGGCUCGGAGAACGAGUUCGCGGACGACGAGCACAGCACGGUGGAGGAGAGCGAGGGCCGCCGGGACUCGCUCUUCAUCCCGAUCCGGGCCCGCGAGCGCCGCAGCAGCUACAGCGGCUACAGCGGCUACAGCCAGGGCAGCCGCUCGUCGCGCAUCUUCCCCAGCCUGCGGCGCAGCGUCAAGCGCAACAGCACGGUCGACUGCAACGGCGUGGUGUCCCUCAUCGGCGGCCCCGGCUCCCACAUCGGCGGGCGGCUCCUGCCAGAGGUGAAAAUAGAUAAGGCAGCUACCGAUGACAGUGCUACAACUGAGGUGGAAAUUAAGAAGAAAGGCCCUGGAUCUCUCUUAGUUUCCAUGGACCAACUGGCCUCCUAUGGACGGAAGGACAGAAUCAACAGUAUAUUGAGUGUUGUUACAAAUACACUAGUAGAAGAACUGGAAGAGUCUCAGAGAAAGUGCCCACCGUGCUGGUACAAAUUCGCCAAUACUUUCCUCAUCUGGGAGUGCCACCCCUACUGGAUAAAACUGAAAGAGAUUGUGAACUUGAUCGUUAUGGACCCUUUUGUGGACUUGGCCAUCACCAUCUGCAUUGUCCUGAAUACCCUGUUUAUGGCAAUGGAGCAUCAUCCUAUGACACCGCAAUUUGAACACGUCUUGGCUGUAGGAAACCUGGUUUUCACUGGAAUUUUCACAGCGGAAAUGUUCCUGAAGCUCAUAGCCAUGGAUCCCUACUAUUAUUUCCAAGAAGGUUGGAACAUUUUUGACGGAUUUAUUGUGUCCCUCAGUUUAAUGGAACUGAGUCUAGCAGACGUGGAGGGGCUCUCGGUGCUGCGAUCUUUCCGAUUGCUCCGAGUGUUCAAACUGGCCAAAUCCUGGCCCACCCUGAACAUGCUGAUCAAGAUCAUUGGAAAUUCAGUGGGUGCCCUGGGCAACCUGACCCUGGUGCUGGCCAUCAUUGUCUUCAUCUUCGCCGUGGUGGGGAUGCAACUGUUUGGAAAGAGCUACAAAGAGUGUGUCUGCAAGAUCAACCAGGACUGUCAGCUCCCUCGCUGGCACAUGAAUGACUUUUUCCAUUCCUUCCUCAUUGUCUUUCGAGUGUUGUGCGGGGAGUGGAUCGAGACCAUGUGGGACUGCAUGGAAGUGGCAGGCCAGGCCAUGUGCCUGAUUGUCUUCAUGAUGGUCAUGGUUAUUGGCAACUUGGUGGUGCUGAACCUGUUUCUGGCCUUGCUCCUGAGCUCCUUCAGCGCAGACAAUCUGGCAGCCACAGACGACGACGGGGAAAUGAACAACCUACAGAUCUCAGUAAUCCGGAUCAAGAAGGGGGUGGCUUGGGCCAAACUCAAAGUGCACGCCUUCAUGCAGGCCCACUUUAAGCAGCGUGAGGCCGAUGAAGUGAAGCCCCUGGACGAGCUGUAUGAAAAGAAGGCCAACUGCAUCGCCAACCACACCGGUGCAGACAUCCACCGGAACGGUGACUUCCAGAAGAAUGGCAAUGGCACAACCAGUGGCAUUGGCAGCAGCGUGGAGAAGUAUAUCAUUGACGAGGACCACAUGUCCUUCAUCAACAAUCCCAACUUGACCGUGCGGGUGCCCAUUGCUGUGGGCGAGUCUGAUUUUGAGAACCUCAACACAGAGGAUGUGAGCAGCGAGUCGGAUCCUGAAGGCAGCAAAGAUAAACUGGAUGAUACUAGCUCCUCUGAAGGAAGCACCAUCGAUAUCAAACCUGAAGUAGAAGAAGUCCCAGUGGAACAGCCCGAGGAAUACUUGGAUCCAGACGCCUGCUUCACAGAAGGUUGCGUCCAACGAUUCAAAUGCUGCCAGGUCAACAUCGAAGAGGGGCUGGGCAAGUCUUGGUGGAUCCUGCGGAAAACCUGCUUUCUCAUUGUGGAGCACAACUGGUUUGAGACCUUCAUCAUCUUCAUGAUUCUGCUCAGCAGUGGCGCCCUGGCCUUCGAGGACAUCUACAUUGAGCAGAGAAAGACCAUCCGUACCAUCCUGGAGUAUGCCGACAAAGUCUUCACCUACAUCUUCAUCCUGGAGAUGUUGCUCAAGUGGACGGCCUACGGCUUCGUCAAGUUCUUCACCAACGCCUGGUGCUGGCUGGACUUCCUCAUCGUGGCUGUCUCUUUAGUCAGCCUUAUAGCUAAUGCCCUGGGCUACUCGGAACUAGGUGCCAUAAAGUCCCUUAGGACCCUAAGAGCUUUGAGACCCUUAAGAGCCUUAUCACGAUUUGAAGGGAUGAGGGUGGUGGUGAAUGCCUUGGUGGGCGCCAUCCCCUCCAUCAUGAAUGUGCUACUGGUGUGUCUCAUCUUCUGGCUGAUUUUCAGCAUCAUGGGAGUUAACCUGUUUGCGGGAAAGUAUCACUACUGCUUUAAUGAGACUUCUGAAAUCCGAUUUGAAAUUGAAGAUGUCAACAAUAAAACCGAUUGUGAAAAGCUCAUGGAGGGGAACAACACCGAAAUCAGGUGGAAGAACGUGAAGAUCAACUUCGACAACGUUGGGGCGGGAUAUCUGGCACUUCUUCAAGUGGCAACCUUCAAAGGCUGGAUGGACAUCAUGUAUGCAGCUGUAGACUCCCGAAAGCCUGACCAGCAGCCUAAGUAUGAGGACAACAUCUACAUGUACAUCUACUUUGUCAUCUUCAUCAUCUUCGGCUCCUUCUUCACCCUGAACCUGUUCAUUGGUGUCAUCAUUGAUAACUUCAAUCAACAAAAGAAAAAGUUUGGAGGUCAGGACAUCUUCAUGACUGAAGAACAGAAGAAGUACUACAAUGCCAUGAAAAAGCUGGGCUCAAAGAAACCACAGAAACCCAUUCCCCGCCCCCUGAACAAAAUCCAAGGUAUCAUCUUCGAUUUUGUCACCCAGCAAGCCUUCGAUAUUGUUAUCAUGAUGCUCAUCUGCCUUAACAUGGUGACAAUGAUGGUGGAGACAGAUACACAGAGCAAACAGAUGGAAAACAUUCUCUACUGGAUUAACCUGGUCUUCGUCAUCUUUUUCACCUGUGAGUGUGUGCUCAAAAUGUUUGCCUUGAGGCACUACUACUUCACCAUUGGCUGGAACAUCUUUGACUUUGUGGUAGUCAUUCUCUCCAUUGUGGGAAUGUUCCUGGCUGAUAUCAUUGAGAAAUACUUUGUGUCCCCAACCCUAUUCCGAGUCAUCCGGUUGGCCCGUAUUGGGCGCAUCUUGCGUCUGAUCAAAGGCGCCAAAGGGAUCCGUACCCUGCUCUUUGCCUUAAUGAUGUCCUUGCCUGCUCUGUUCAACAUUGGCCUUCUGCUCUUCCUGGUCAUGUUCAUCUUCUCCAUCUUUGGGAUGUCCAAUUUCGCAUACGUGAAGCACGAGGCCGGCAUCGACGACAUGUUCAACUUUGAGACAUUUGGCAACAGCAUGAUCUGCCUGUUUCAGAUCACGACGUCGGCCGGUUGGGAUGGCCUCCUGCUGCCCAUCCUGAACCGCCCCCCUGACUGCAGCCUGGAUAAGGAGCACCCGGGGAGUGGCUUCAAGGGAGACUGCGGGAACCCCUCGGUGGGCAUCUUCUUCUUCGUAAGCUACAUCAUCAUCUCCUUCCUGAUUGUUGUGAACAUGUACAUUGCCAUCAUCUUGGAGAACUUCAGUGUGGCCACAGAGGAGAGCGCGGACCCUCUGAGCGAGGACGACUUCGAGACCUUCUAUGAGAUCUGGGAGAAGUUUGACCCCGACGCCACCCAGUUCAUCGAGUACUGUAAGCUGGCAGACUUUGCAGACGCCUUGGAGCACCCUCUCCGAGUGCCCAAGCCGAACACCAUCGAGCUCAUUGCCAUGGAUCUGCCGAUGGUCAGCGGGGAUCGCAUCCACUGCUUGGACAUCCUUUUUGCCUUCACCAAGCGGGUCCUGGGGGACAGCGGGGAGUUGGACAUCCUCCGGCAGCAGAUGGAGGAGCGGUUCGUGGCAUCCAAUCCUUCCAAAGUGUCUUACGAGCCCAUCACGACCACACUGCGGCGCAAGCAGGAGGAGGUGUCGGCGGUGGUCCUGCAGCGCGCCUACCGGGGACAUUUAGCAAGACGGGGUUUCGUUUGCAAAAAGACCACUUCCAAUAAGCUGGAGAACGGAGGCACACACCGGGAGAAAAAAGAGAGCACCCCGUCCACAGCCUCCCUCCCGUCCUAUGACAGUGUAACGAAACCUGAGAAGGAGAAGCAACAACGGGCAGAGGAAGGAAGAAGGGAAAGAGCCAAAAGACAAAAAGAGGUCAGAGAAUCCAAGUGUUAGAGGAAAGCAAAAAUUAAACAUUGUACAGAUGUAAAACUUGCAAGCGAAAGAUUGUUUACAAACUUCCUGAGUAUUAUCAAUGCAGGACAGCUGUGGAGACACUUUAACCCGAAGAUCUAUACCAAACGUAGUCAGCUUACCAUGUAACACGGUUGCAUCUUGAGCAGUGACCUGCCGAGGGCAAAGGACCCUGCUCCCUGGACUCACAGAUUUUCUAAUGCUUGGGCAGGUGGUUACUGCAUGUUCCACAUCAGUCAAUGCAACUUAGGACAAAACCAACAGGAUACGAAAACCAGAGGAGAGGCUGCCGGGACCAGCAUAUUUCCGUUGCAGCCAAAUGGAUUUUAUUUUUUCAUUUUGGUGAUUCUCAGAAGCAGAAAGCAUCACUUUAAAAGUUUGUUUGUUCGUGCAAACUGUAUUUGCAUUCUUACAUUAGUUAAGCUAAGCAGCACACAGGAAACACACACACACACACUCCCAUCUAGCCCGUGUCAUUUAAUUGUCCGUUUCUUUGACAUAAACCGCAUCUUCUCCACAUGGCUUCACGUGGUUUGGAGAUGGGUGGGGGAAAACAAUCAGGUUUCUUCAGGCUGAGGAGGACUUGCUCAGGCCGAUUCCAAACAUUGUGCUCGUUCACUGCGUAGAAAUGAUUUGCAUGAUGGCAUGCCGUGAUCAGAAGUCAUGCAUGAGAACCAUACACCACAGGACACUACUAACCCUGUCCCCUGCCCUGGGUCAGCCUUUGGACAGGACCCAGCCCUGCACCGUUCACUGUAUUCGGAGAACAAAACGGUAAGCGUUCCAUUCCACUGCAAUUCCUUACGAAUUCGUAGAAGUCUUUCAUACAUCUUCUGGGUAGGGAAACACAACCGACCGAUUGACCCCACCACCACUACCAACAGAAAACAGACCCAGUCCAACAAGCAGAUGGAUCCGUUGUGUGUACAUGUUUAACAGACAUCUCUAACAUACAGCCAUUGUUGCCCAUUUUGAAAGACGAACUGUUUAAUGCUGCUCGGUGUCCCGUCCACGGGGAAACUUCGAUCUCGAAUGGCUUUGUAUUAAUAAUGUCACUGUAAAACCAAAUCCUAGGGCUAAAAACAGAAAUCAAAACAACAACAACAACAAAACCCAGUUCAUUUGUAUUGCAAUAUUUAUGAUGAUUGUUUAGCCUUCAUGCUGGAGAACUGACACUUGUUUGGGGCAGAGGUACAAGCGCUGUUCAAAGUGGCAUGGCAUCUCUAGGGGGUAAUUUGGGGAACUUAAGCUUUCACGGGGGGGGUCUGGGGUGCUCGCUUCAGGUAGUAUCACGUCCUGCUGCACUGUGGCUCUCUCUGGGCUUGGGACCAGCCGGAGAGGGAUUCGGAUAUCCUGAACGGGCCUCUCCCUCGGCAGAGGGGUUGUCACAAGCUCACACACUGCAUGAUGCCUCUUGUCUCCAUCUUGUCUUUCCACCAAGCAGGGCUUCCCUUACUUGCAUAGGCGGGUGAGGGCGGCCGCGCUGGGGCUAACGGCUGUGGUUCCUUCCUUUCACGUUCUAGCGAACACAUAGUCACUGGUGGGACCCGAGGUAGAGAGGGAGCCGCCUCUGAACCAAGCCCACGUGGUUUCUUUAUCGCACCGAUUCUCAUGAGAAAGCGAUUCAGUACUAAUUCCUAAACUGUCGCAGCUUCCCCUGCCCGGCACGUCCCCUUUCUAGCCCGUCGUGCCGCCUGCUUAGUGACCUGCCCGCUGUCAUCGGAGGGUGGCUCUGGGGGGAGCGUCCUGUCUUCCGUCCCCUCUCCCGCUUUAGGGAAGACGGUUUUUAGUCCAGGGGCUUCUCAUCCGAGGACUAGAUCUCAAAGCCAGGAUGCUGCAGUUGAGUGUCUCAGGAAGUCGAUACAAAGAAUGAGGAGAGACUUUAGCAUGCGAACUAAACCAAACUAAAAUUCCUCCUGCACCAUAAAGUAGAGGGGGGGGCUAAAGACCCCCCGUGAGCAGACACACCAUUCUGCCUUGUAGCAGAAGCACUCGGUGGGACCGCACCACCCACCCGACUAGUUUUGCGUACGACCAACACAGCGAGGCAGUAAGCCGAGCUUUCUGCCUUCUUGGACCAUUAGAAACUCUGCCCGGCUCUCCUAAGCCUGCUUCUGCGGCCUCCUCCGUAGAACUUUCGUACUACACGCGACCCAGGUUGGAAAAGCAUUUCUCUCAGUGACCCUGCUAACCGCUAGGACGAAUGUAUAGUAACAUGUACAGGCGACGUCGUCAACAGCACAAAACACGAAGCUGACGUGUGUGGCUAUUCUUUUUAAGAGAAUUAUAAAUACUGUAAUAUAUCAUUUUAUUUUAUCGGCAUGCCUUUUUGUAAAUACAAAUUAACAACUUAUUAAAUAGGAAAUGGCUUCUGGCUUAUGCCAUUGUCAUGUUUAUUUUUAUUUUUUAUACUUUUCUUUCUUCUUAGAACUUAGAUGCUGUCAGCCAAUGUACAUCCCCAAACCAGACAGACAGACAAAAAAUUUUUUAUUGCUAAUGGUCUUUUCCAAAACAACAAAAAAUAUAUAUAUUUUUGUUCCAAUGUGCAAUAAAUUCUAACCACUUCUAUGCAAGAUUUGGCUACACUUCAUCAUUGUUCUUAGGUCUUGAAAUGGGCAACAGAGCUAGAAGACCCCGCUCGGUACCCCAAGUGCUCGUGCUAGUGAUGUCAUUAAGCUACUAGAGCAUAUUAAUGAGAUUUUUUUUUCUAAGAUCUGCCCUUUUCCCUCCCCCAGACCUCCAGCAGCUAUCUCCUCAGUAACACACACAUGGGCCUUGGUAUCUGACACCCAUCAGCCAGCUUCACAGGGAAGAAGCCACCUCCACUCUUACUUGAUGUUUCAACUUUUUUUUUUUUUUUUAACUUUUCCUACCUUCUUGUCCCUCACCCGCCACCCCUCCGCCCACUCGCUCACUCACUCUCUCACUCACCCGCCCUGCUCCACACUUCUUCGGUAGUAAAUGACACCAUCACCAGCAGUCUACACCCGCAGUUAACAGGCAUUGAACUGAAAGAACCAGUGAGGACGUUUUUGUACGCCCUCGCCGGGUGGGUAAGUGGCAACGCU